AUGAGGUUCCCCCAGAUUCUAGUGUCCUGGUUUCUAGCUACCCUUGUUGCCGCUUCGAAUCGGCAUCUUGUGGUGCUUAAAGCGUCCGAAACGAUCGACUCGUUCAUGAAAUACGACCUUUCCAUUCCCAGGGCUCAUAGAGCAAGAGACUUCAUUGGCAGGCAGUUUAAAAUCGGCAAUUUGCAUGGUUUUGUGGGUAAUUUCCUGUCGUCGGUGCUUGAGAGGCUCCAGCGGUGCCCUAUGGUUGCUGAAGUUACUCCAGAUAUCGAGGUUCGGGCAUUUGAUGUGGUUGAACAGCAAAACCCUCCAACCCACUUAUCCCACCUUUCUAGUAAAGAUAAACGGCUUACGACUUAUAGCCAGCAGCCGUAUUAUUACGACGACGAGGAAAGUGGCCAGAAUGUGAACGUUUAUAUUAUUGAUCUGGGGAUAUCGCUUAAACAUAGCGAGUUUGAAGGAAGAGCUGUUUUUGGUAAGGAUUUCACCAACGAAGGCAGUGGAGAUACCAAUGGGCAUGGAACCCAUGUAGCUGGUAUUGUGGGAUCACGUACAUACGGCGUGGCAAAGAAAGUGAAGCUUUUCGAAGUGAAAACUCUAGAUAAAGAGGGCCAAGGUUCACUUAGUGGAAUCCUAGGAGCCAUGGAGUUUGUGGUUGCCCAUCGCCAGAAAUCCAGGGUGGCUGGAGUCGUGAACCUUUCCCUUGGCGCUAUCAAGAAUAGUCUUCUUAAUCGGGCUGUGGACGCUGCUGCUGCUACUGGGUUAGUGGUGGUAGUAGCAGCUGGAAAUACCAAUGAAGACGCUUGCAGAACCUCGCCAGCCAGUGCUCGUGGUGCCAUUACCGUUGGAGCCAUGGACGAGUCUACAAUGGCCAUGGCAGACUUUCUGAACUGGGGCCCUUGUGUGGAUAUCUAUGCUUCUGGCGUGGAAGUGUCUUCUGUGGAUCCAGAAAGCAACGAGCCACAGAUUCUUACUGGUACGUCUAUGGCUGCACCGGCUGUAGCUGGAAUGGCAGCUAAUUUGUUAUCUAGUGGUCUUUCGCCAGCCGAAAUACGUCAAGAGCUUCUGCUGUUGGCAGUAUCUGCCAUGAUUCCUCGUCUGUUAAAGGGUGGGUACAAUAGAGUGUUGUAUAAUGGCCUUGAUCCAGCAGAGAGUGAAAGUGAUGAAGGUGAAGAGAGUUGGGAAAGUGAUACUGAUGACGAGGAGGAGGAAGAUGAAAGUCGGUUCUGGAGAGGUCCUCUAGACGUGUCGCCAGGACAUGAUCCAGGAGCUGAGGGCAACCCGAAAAGUGGCGCCAUGACGGCUCCACAAACAGCUGCCCCUUUUUCAGCUUUUCGAACUCCUUAUCUUAAUUCUAGUCACUGGGCUGGUGUUGAGGGUAUGGGCCAUGGCCCUGACCGUUUUUUUCGUGUUUAUGGUGAUGAUAAGCUGUCGGCAAAGACAGACAACCUUCACGGUGGCGAGGCUACGGAACCUGGGGAUCCAUACCCAGCUUGGGCUCCCAGCGACCAGGUUCCUGUUUCUCGCAACAAGAUUGGCGCCAUCAUCAGCCACUUGACUCAGGUGUUUGGAUUCCAGGAGGAUAACUCUAAGAACAUAUACCACUACUUAAUGCGGAUGCUUGACUCUAGAGCCUCUAGAAUGGGGCCUUAUAAUGCCUUGCGUACGCUUCACGGUGAUUAUAUUGGUGGACCCAACGCUAACUUCCGUAAAUGGUACUUUGCCGCUCAAAUGGAUAUCGACGACACUGACGGCUGGGCUAAUGUUAAGAAGAACGGUACCAUCCGGAGAAGCAAGGAAAAAGUCGCUACUUACGAAAUUGCAGUUGAGCAGUGGUACAAGAAUAUGCUGCGUUUCUCUCCCAUCGAUUACGUUACCCAGAUUUCGCUUUACUUGUUGUGUUGGGGCGAGGCAAAUAACGUUCGCUUCAUGCCUGAAUGUCUUUGCUUUUUAUUCAAAUGCUGCAACGACUACUUCUAUAGUCUUGACGAUGUGACUGAGCAUGUGGCUGAGGUUCCCUUUUUAGAUCUCAUCAUCACGCCCAUUUACAAUACUUAUAGAGCACAGUGUUAUGAUGUCAAGAAUAAUAGAAUGUCAAGAAGCGAUAAAGACCAUUCUUCAAUUAUUGGGUAUGAUGAUAUGAAUCAAUUAUUCUGGCAUCGUGAAGGUAUUGAACGAAUUACAUUGAGCGACCUGACUCCAUUAAUGUACUUGCACCGCCAGGCCCGUUACCGUCUACUUGGUGAGAUAGAUUGGAGUAAGGUAUUCUAUAAGACUUACUAUGAAACUCGUUCUUGGCUCCAUAUCUUCACCGACUUUGAUAGAGUUUUACUUAUUCACUUUUGCGUGUUCUGGUACUACACCUCGUUCAACUCGAAACCUCUUUACACGUACAACUACUCUAUCACCAGGGAAGAGAAGCCUCCUCCUCAAACGACUCUCACGGUGAUGGCUUUAGCAGGAAGUUGGGCUUGUCUUAUUUCGUUCGUUAGUGUUUUGCUCGAGUUGUCUUUUGUUCCUCGCAAAUGGCCAGGCGCUCGUCCCGCUGGAAGACGUAUAGUCUGGCUCGUGGUACUAUUUAUCAUUAAUACAGCUCCCACAGUUGCCUUGUUUUUCACAUCCAGACUCAAGACAAGAAACACGUUGCUGAUCGUCAUCACAUCACUUCAAUUGGUCUUUUCUGUUGGAGUUGUUCUUUAUCUAGUAUUCAAGACCCAUGCUAAUCAGUUCGGAGCAAAACCCAACGGACGUGUUGCCCAAGCUUCAGAACUCUUCACGUCAAAUUUCUACAAGCUAAAAGAUUCUGAUAAGUUAGCAUCGUAUGGAUUGUGGGUGAGCGUCUUCACUUCAAAGUUUGUUGAAUCCUACUUCUAUUUGACGCUUUCCCUUAAAGAUCCCCUUCGAGAGCUUUUCAUAAUGCGGGUUAACAGAUGUGCUGGUGACGAAUGGCUCGGGUCAUGGCUAUGCAAUUUUCAACCACGAAUCAUUUUGAUAUUGAUUGUUGUUCUUGACUUCAUUCUUUUUUUCUUGGAUACCUACUUGUGGUAUGUCAUUUGGAAUACCGUUAUCUCAGUUCUUCGUUCGUUUUACAUCGGUGCUUCUAUCUGGACCCCAUGGAGAAAUAUCUUUUCACGACUUCCAAAAAGAAUAGCGUCAAAGAUCUUGGUGACUAACAAUAAUAACAGCAAACAUAGCCAAAAGAUCCAAGUUUCCAAGAUUUGGAAUUCCAUUAUCAUCGCUAUGUAUAGGGAACACUUCUUGUCUAUCGAACAGGUCCAUCGUCUCCUCUACGAGAUAUCUUACUCCGAAGAUAGCGGUAACACAAUAAUCAUUCGGGAGCCUACAUUUUUUGUUUCACAAGAAGACGAUUCCCUCAGAAGCUCGCUAUUCCAAGACAAGUCAGAAGCACAGCGAAGGAUAACGUUCUUCGCUCAAUCUUUGUCAACGCCUAUGCCCGAUAUCAGAGAGGUUCGUGCAAUGCCAUCUUUUACAGUUCUAAUCCCCCAUUAUACCGAGAAGAUUAUCUUACUGUUAAAGGAGAUCAUCAAGGAAGAGGACAGGUUCUCUCAUGUUACAAUGUUGGAGUAUCUUAAGCAAUUACACGCUUCUGAAUGGGCAAACUUCGUUUGGGACACCAAACAAAUGGCUGAAGAAGACGAAUCCCAGGAGUCACUGUUGUCUUUAAGUCUUUCCGAAAAACAUGAUGAUUUGCCUUACUUCUCAGUUGGUUUUAAAACAGCUACCCCCGAAUACGUCACAAGAACGAGAAUCUGGGCAUCCUUGAGAUCACAGACUCUCUAUAGAACAGUAUCCGGGUUUAUGAAUUACACACGAGCUCUUAAGCUUUUAUCUGACUUGGAAAUAAGCAAAGAUCAUUGCGCUGAAUCCACCGACGAAGUGAAAUUGAGAAUGAUAAAUGACAUGGCUACCCGGAAGUUUCGUAUCAUAGCUUCCAUGCAGCGGUAUAAGAAGUUUACUGCCGAUGAAAAAGAAAGCACGGAAUACUUAAUGAGGGCAUAUCCUGAACUACAGAUUGCUUAUAUUGACGAAGAUCACGACGAGGAGAGCGGCGCUAUUACUUACUAUUCGGCUUUAGUUGACGGUACAUGUCCUGUCCUGGAAAAUGGAGACAGGAUACCAGUCUACCGGAUUAGACUUUCGGGUAAUCCAAUAUUGGGAGAUGGUAAGUCUGACAACCAGAACCAUGCUCUAGUCUUUGCCAGAGGUGAGUACAUCCAACUUAUUGAUGCUAACCAGGAUAACUACAUCGAGGAAUGUCUCAAGAUACGCAACACAUUGGCUGAGUUUGAAGAGCAGCGAAUUCCAGAUCCUUAUAGUAAGGACGCUCGAAGGUCCGUCAGUCAGAAUCCUGUUGCAAUUGUUGGUCUGAGGGAGUACAUUUUUUCUGAAAAUAUUGGAAUUCUUGGUGAUGUUGCAGCUGGCAAAGAGCAGACUUUUGGAACCCUUUUCGCUAGAACUUUGUCCCAAAUUGGUGGUAAACUUCAUUAUGGUCAUCCUGAUUUCCUUAACACAAUCUUCAUGAGCACUCGUGGAGGUGUUUCCAAGUCACAGAAAGGGUUACAUUUAAAUGAAGAUAUCUAUGCUGGUAUGAACGCAGUUCUCAGAGGUGGCAGGAUCAAACACUGUGAGUAUAUUCAAUGCGGAAAGGGAAGAGAUCUUGGCUUCAGCUCCAUCCUGAACUUUAUUACUAAGAUCGGAGCCGGUAUGGGUGAGCAACUUCUUUCAAGAGAAUAUUUCUAUUUGGGUACUCAGCUUCCACUUGACCGUUUUCUUUCCUUCUACUAUGCUCAUGCUGGAUUCCACCUUAAUAACGUCUUUAUUGUUCUUUCAAUUCAGUUAUUCUUACUUGUGGGAAUCAACAUAGCGGCUUUGGCCAAUGACUCGUCUAUUUGUGAGUACGACAGACAUAAGCCAAUAACUGACCCGAGAAGACCGCAUAACUGCCUCAACCUUGUCCCAAUUAUCCGUUGGCUUGAAAGAUGCAUCUAUUCCAUUUUUGUUGUCUUCAUUAUAUCUUUUAUUCCAUUAGGAGUACAAGAAAUCACAGAACGUGGAUUCUACAAGUGUUUCGCCAGACUUGGUAAACACUUCAUCUCGCUUUCGCCCUUGUUCGAAGUCUUCGUUUGCAAGAUGUAUGCUAAAUCAAUUAUGGGUGAUAUAGCUGUUGGAGGAGCCCAGUAUAUUGCAACAGGGAGAGGGUUCGCCACCAAGAGGGAGACUUUCUCCAGCUUAUUCACAAGAUUUGCCAACGAGUCACUCAAUUCUGGAGCAUUUUCCCUACUUCUUGUCAUAUACAUUUCAAUCUCAUGGUGGAAGUUUUCCUUCAUCUAUUUUUGGAUGACCGUGUUUGGUUUGUUGAUAAGUCCUUUCCUUUUCAAUCCUAACCAAUUCUCCAGGGCAGAGUUCUUUCUUGAUUACGGCAAUUAUGUGAAAUGGUUAUUCAGCGGCAAUACUACACCCAAAGACGAGUCAUGGGUGAGACACACCAAGAUUGCAAGAAGCAGGUUUACUGGAUUGAAACUGAAACUUAGGUACGGUAAUGACGAUGUCAAAUUCACAAGUGAGGUGAAACCAAAGAGACUCAACAUAAUUUUAUUGAGCGUGUUACCUGAACUCUUCAGCUUAGCCUUUGUCGGAUGUGCUUACUUAUUCACGAACUCCCAAGCGGAAGCAAGAAAUGCAAUUCCUAGCUUAACGCUUUUCCGAAUUCUCAUCGUAUCUGUCGCUCCAAUUGUCGUUAACAUUGCCAUUUUACUCGUGUUCUUCGUGAUAUCAGUGAUAUUGGGUCCAAUAAUAAGCUUCUGUUUCAAAGGGUUCCCUAGCGUGAUCGCCGCUGUUGCUCACGUACUUGCCUUCAUAAACCAAAUGUUCUUCGUGGAGUUGCUUUGGGUGUUACAGAACUUGGAUAUCCCGCGUACUUUACUUGGAAUCGCUUGCAUGAUACUUCUCCAGAGAAUUUUGCUUCGUCUUAUCAAUGCAAUGAUGCUCACAAGAGACGUGGUGGUCAGGAAAAUGGGUAACGGCAGAAUUAGGAUGGUUGAUGUUUACACAGCCGGUUCGUGA